AUGGAUCAUUACAAGGAAUUAGGGGUUCAGAGGAACGCGAGCAAGGAGGAAAUCAAGCACGCUUUCCGGAAUCUGGCGAUGAAAUUCCACCCGGACAAGCACUCGCAGUCGCCGGAGCACCUCCGCCGCUCCGCCACGCUCAGAUUCAAGCAGCUGUCGGAGGCGUACGAAACCCUCAUCGACGACCGCAAGCGGGCGGAGUAUAAUCUCGGCAGAAACGCGUACGGCGCUAGUCAGAGUCAAAAUUACGGUCACAGUCACGGCGGCGGCGGAUAUAGUUACAGCAAUCCAUACGGAUAUGGUUACGGGCAUGGUGGUGGCUCUGCGAGGAGGAGCAGCGGCAGCCACGGUGGUGCUUUUACGAAAUUGGAGAUGAGCCUUAGGUACCUCACCACUAAGAGUUUUCUUCUCAAUGCCACAUUUGUCAGUGUUUUGUUAGGUGGAUUGUAUGUUAUUGAUGCCAGUGGCAAGGCGCUGUGGGAGAUGCGUAAUCAUGGGAAAUCAUUUGAAGAGGCGAUAGAAUCUGUAGAAAAGGCUAAAACACGCAAAGAUGGCUCUUGCUAA